UGGAGCCAAGAUGACUGUCAGUUCUUUAUGGAAUCUGUCUCUGUUGCUACUCGGACCUACCCUACCCCUGUGGGCAACUGAUAUUUCCUGCAUUAACCAAGAUGGCAAGCCAGUUGACUGGUAUAUUCUAUAUAAAUUCCCAAAGCAUAUGCACUAUGGCUCUUCUGGAACUGGGCUUCAAUAUAUGUUUAUGGAUUCCUUGACUCCAGUCUGGAAACAGAGUGAAUAUUUCAUCAACAUGACAGAGAGUGCUCUUGGACAGACUCUACAGCAACUCUAUCAGGCUUACAAAUCCAAGAAGAACAGUACUGCCUAUGUGAUCUACAAUGAUGGCCCACCUAAUAAAAUGAAUUACAGUUGGACACAUGCACAUUCUAAAGGGUUUCUGGUCCUGGAUCAAUACCAAGGUUUUUGGGUUAUUCACAGUAUUCCUGAGUUCCCUCCAUUUCCUGAGGAUGGUUAUAGCUAUCCAUCCACAGGGAAAUACAAUGGACAGACAGUGAUUUGCCUAACAUUCCGACGCGAUCAGUUUGCAGAAAUAGACAAGCAACUCUUGUGCUACAACCCAAAUAUUUACAACUGCUCCAUCCCAAAGGCCCUCCACACAGAGCUUUUCAAUCUGCAAAAGUUGUGCACUGGAUCCAAGCUGCCAUCAGUCCCUUGGAAGCAAAGGCUCACCAAGCUCCAGUCAGCCCAGGGAGAAACAGUCUUCAGCUUUGCUAAAACUCACAGUUAUCAUGAAGAGAUCUAUGCAGCUUGGAUGGCACAGAAGCUGAAAACAGAUUUUCUAAUAGAAUCCUGGAAGCGAAAGGGGCAUGGACUCUUCUCAAAUUGUUCUCUUCCUUAUCACGUCUACAACAUAAACCUGAUCAAGAUGCCAUGGAAUUCCUCCUUCUCUUCUUAUUAUGAUCAUUCAAAGUGGUGUGUUUCUUUGAAGCCUGAAGACCAAUGGACCUGUAUUGGGGACUUAAACUAUGCUGCUCAACAGGCCAAGAGAAGUGGUGGCUUUGUCUGCACCCAGAAUGAGCAUAUUUACAAAGCUUUCAGGUCAUUGGUGCUCCACUAUUAUGACUGCUGAACUUCACGAACUUAUGCAUCAGUCUGGUAGCACAGAUGCUGGACUUGCUUGGAAGCAGGAUACCUGGGACUAGCCAGUUUAGAAAAUAUCAAGAAAGGACGAAGAAGGAGGAGAGGUGGAGGCAAGGCUUGUGAAUCUCAGCAACAAUUUUGGUUUGUCUGGCUGUCUAUACACUUCAUCAAGAGGAGAUGGAGACUGCAGGGCAGCACCCACUGUUACGCUAACAGCCAGCUGUCUCUGUCCCAGCAUCUCCCAUAACUUCAAGUCACUAUUCCAAGGAGAAAAAAGACCGCCUAGAAGGCAAGGAGACAAAACACCACACAACAGGUAGAAAAUUGUUUGACUUUAA